AUGUUGUUCGUGGAAUGUAAAGGGUCGCCUUACGAAAUUGGCCACCAACACGGCACUGUAGCGAAAACCGAGAUAGAUCGUUGCGUUGACUUCUACACCGACCUAUUCAGAAAGAAUUGCAAGCAAGAAUGGCCCGAGGUACUUCAACACGCAGAAGCGUUCGAGAAAAUAGCGAAAGCGAAGUGGCCGGAGUAUCAUGAAGAGAUGCGAGGAAUAGCGGAUGGAUCAGGGCAUGGUUUAUUAGACAUUGUUGCCAUCAAUGUGCGGACGGAAAUCAACUUCGGCAUGUUCAGCGACGGAUGUACGGCACUAUCUUGGCAGACGGAGAAGAGAGCAUACCUCGCGCAAAAUUGGGACUGGAUGGACGCCCAAAAACAAAACCUCAUCAUCACCAAGAUCUCGCAAACCGGCAAACCCACCAUCGUCCAGGUCACUGAGGCAGGCAUCAUCGGCAAAAUUGGCUUCAACAGCUCUGGCGUCGGCACUCUCCUGAAUGCGAUCAAGGUUCACGGCGUAGAUGCUUCGCGCAUGCCGGUUCAUUUCGGGCUACGCGCGGCCCUGGAAAGUAACUCCACUCAGGAAGCAGUGCAGAAAUUAGAAGAAUACGGCAUGGCUGCCUCAGCGCACAUUCUAAUAUCCGACACUUCGGAAGCCGUUGGUCUCGAAUUCACGAAGUCGACAUUCGCACAUUGCAGGCCGGACAGCAAGGGCCGCAUCGCUCAUGCAAAUCAUCUUCUACUUGACCACCCUAAUGAGGUUGAUACGGUGUGGUUGAAAGACUCACCAGUGCGCGUUAAGACGAUGACGGAGAACACCGAGAAGCUGGGCAGCGAGCCUAGCUGGGAGGAUGUAAGCCGACUUUUUGAGGACGAGCAUGGAUUUCCCUAUUCGAUCUGCCGUCAAGCACCGGACGACGGCAGCACGACUUUGUUCAAUAUCGUGAUGGAUCUGAAAGCGAAGAAGGGUGUGGUGAGGUUGGGGAGGCCAAACCAGGCUGAGGAGACCGUCACGUUAGAACUAUAG